GUGUGGUUCACAUCCAGAUGCCUUACUUCGAUAAGAGACCUUCGACUUGUCUAGGAAGUCAAGCCAUCCAUGGCGAACACGAGCUUCAAUGACACUCGUCGCGUUGAAGCGUUCAACAAGAAGACGAAAUCCAAGUCGCACUGCCAUCCUCGCGCACUCGGCGCGCGAGCUCCAUGAAGCCUACACACGCCCCUAGCCACGGUCCCACGGUCCAUCAAUCUGCCCACGCCCCUCCGUAGGCCGAACCCCCUUCUCUCGACAUUCCUGAUACAUAAGCUCGACCACGUCCCCCGUGGGAGUGCCCAUUGCCAGCAUUGCCUGGGCUGUCGCUGCAGAGCACGUUUCUUCGCGAGCGCUGCAAACAUGGGUCUCUUUCGCAAUCAUAUGCCCGUCGAGGGCAAGACAGUCCUCAUCACCGGUGCUUCGGAAGGCAUGGGACUCUCUGUCGCUGUCCAGCUCGCAGCCAAAGGAGCCAACGUCAUCCUCCUCUCGCGGUCCGAGACCAAGCUCCAAGCCGCGCUCAAGAGCGUCGAGGCUGCUGCGCUCGACCCUUCCACCCAACGAUUCCACUACAUACAGGCCGAUGUCGCCGUGCACGACUACGCUCGAGGGGUUCUCGCCGACGCCACCGCCUGGAACAAGGGCCGAUCCCCGGACAUUGUGUGGUGCUGCGCCGGCAUGUCCGCUCCCCAGCUGUUCCUUGACAUGGACAUGUCGUCCAUGCGCCGACAGAUGGACAUCAACUUCUUCGGUACGGUCGAGAUGACGCAGGCUAUAUUGCGCGAGUGGUGCGCGACCGACGCCCCCGUGGAGAAGGAAGCCAAGCAUAUCAUCAUGACGGGCAGCGUGGCUACCAUGGUGGUCAUUCCUGGGUACAUCCCAUACGUACCGAGCAAGGCAGCCAUGCGCGGCGUCGCGGAGGGACUGCACAUGGAACUAAUGAUGUACCCCCAGAACGUGGAGGUGCAUCUGGUCACGCCCGGCACCAUUCUCUCCCCGGGGUUCGAGCAAGAAGAGAUCAUCAAGCCGGAGGUUACCAAGAGUCUCGAAAAGUCAGAUCCCAAGCUUACACCUGACGAAGCGGCCAGAGCUGCCAUCAAUGGACUGGAGAAGGGGGAAUUCAUCAUUACCCUAAGCUGGCAGAACUGGCUGAUGAAGUGUGGUACCUAUGGAAUGGCAUGCAAGAACAACUGGCUCAUUGAUAUCCUCGUGGCGGCCAUCAUGUCGUUGAUCAUAUGGCCGAUUGUCGACCUGGACCUACGGGGCCAGGUCAAGAAGCACGUUAAGAAAUUCGGGUCGCCCAAGGUGCAAAGGAAACCGCUAGAGUAGAACCGCCGCGGCUUGCUUGCCAGAUCUUAUAUACCCUUGAAUGAAUAUUCGCAAGUCUAUCCGUAUAU